GUCGACUUGAGCGAUUGGUGAUGGUAAUGCACAUUUGCACAGAGAGACUGAUAUGCAAGGAAAAGAAACACAGCCUGGAAUCAGUUCCUGUUCACAGGAGGAGCACCAGACAUCCCAGACGAUAAUGUGUUUGAGCGACGGAGGAUACGAACUGCAAAAUCAUCAGAUGGUGACAGACAUGGAGAAUAACAUCACAGUGAACACACAUCCACUGGAGAGCACAGUACUGAUCAGCAUCCAGCAUGACUGGCGAGACUUCCUGCAGACACAGGAUAUCCUGGAGAAGAGAAGCCCCUCCCCUCCCUCUCUGUCCUCAGACAAGAUGAGCACGUCCAUCAGCAUGACCACCCUAUCAGAUGGCAGCACCCCCGUAAGCCCCACCCUCUUUCCUCUUCCGUAGGCUGAUGGUGUAGAUGCAGGAGUUUGAAGUGUUUGUUAGGUUUUGGUCAGUUUGGUCUGAAGGUCAUGACGUUGUGGAGCAUCAAAUGCAUUUGGUAAUUGUUUUCAGACAUGUUCCCUGGUAGUAAUCAAGGUAGUAUUUUACAUACCUUUGACACACCUAUUAUGUAAAUAAGGAUGUGGAACAGUUGUUCUUCUGUGCUGAGAAGAUUGUGACUAUUUUGUUGUUUGAUGAAAUCUUAUGGAAUCUGAGUAUCUCAC